UGACACUGCAGCAUGACUAAUCUCAUGCUCAAACGCUUUCAGCACAAAUUUAUGGCAAGAAGACCACUGUGACAACUUAUUGCGUUCUCGCUAAAACAUGAGAAACAUGUGGAAGCACAAGGUAGUGAUGGUGCUGAUGGUGGGGAACAUGUUUGUGUCUGUGGAAACUGAACCAACCAGAAAAGACGCGAAGUCUCGCAGACGCAAACUAGAAGCGCAACCUCGACGGAUAGCCUCGUCUGUCAAAAUUUCCCCGGAUCCACUGAUGACAGGUGCAGAAUCAGAGGUGGGGAUACCCAGUGCUGUUGAAAUGAACUUUGACAAGAGCAUCGAGGACAUGGUGUCCCAAGUCAGAAAUAAUCCAAACUGGUCCAUAAGCACGUGCGUUGUGGAUCGGAAACUAUGGAUGUCCAACAGUCGCAGCCUCUCACCAUGGUCUUACAGAAUAAAUCACGACGAGAAGCGUAAACCCGUGGACAUCCCCGAGGCCGUGUGCUCGUGCGUGGGGUGCAUCAAUCCUUUCACCAUGCAAGAGGAUCGCACCAUGACCAGCGCUCUCAUUUACACCAAAAUCCCUGUGCGCAGAAUGAUGUGCCACAGGCCGACCAAGAAGAAUUGCACGCAACGGUACAGGACGGUCGUGGAGAGCAUCGCUGUGGGGUGCACGUGCAUCGUUGGGUAGCUGAGUGGGACGCUGAAUCUGUUUUUAAUCUGCAAUGGGUUUAUACUUUGUAUUAAUGCUGCAAAAGAGUGGUGAUGCUUAUUGUGAAUAUAUCUUAAUUUGACGAACCCUGCUGACAUUAUAAUGGAUGUAGUGGUUAUUAUGGCAGUUGUAUUGGUUUUGAAGGAAACUAUAAUGGUCUCUUGGUUUGAAUUGGUGGGAUGUUAACUUGCGAAUGGGAACCAAUAUCAACACGUCAUUUUAAUGUUUUUUUUUUUUGUUAACAGCUCAUAAUGGUAUAUAGAAGAGAAUUUCCAUUGUUGUUGUAUUUAUAUUCAACAGUGUAAAUGCAUUGGUAUAGCAAGCUUUGUGAAAACAAAUGUUUCAUUUUUUCAGAAGCAAUAAUUUCCUUUAUGCAGUGCUGUAUAUAUUUCAUGAUUUAAAUGAUUACGAAAUUGCUUUUUAUCUUGAUAUUUUUAUGGCCCACGAGC